AUGGGACUUCAAGCCGGUAAGACCUCCGGGAACCUGAUCAAAGAAGGCAGAGCUGAGUACCGAUCGGAGCCUAGAUGGAGAAGCAGCUGAUAUCAGAACGUUCAAACUCAUCUACUACCAACUCAAGAAGGACGGGAUGAUCUACGUGACGUUCUUGUUCAACGACAGUUUCGUGAGCCUUCAAUGAUUCCGCAGAGAAUCUUCUCUGUGUAAAACGUGUGGAUGGGAGUCUAGAAGCGGGACCUUGAACCUUUCUAGCCAAACCGAACUUAUCAAGCCUGGUAGCGUCAAAAAAUCAUCUUGACGGCUACGAAAUUGAGACUUCAAGCCGGUAAGACCUCAGUGAGCCUCAUCAAAGAAGGAAACAGGCAAGACAAGGCAAACCCUGGUAGCGUUACCAGAAUCAUCUCGAAGAAGACUAUAUUAGAAUUUUAAGCCGGUAAAACUUCAGAAGUCUAAAUCAAAGACGGAUAAGACAAAGCUCAAACACUCAAACAACAUUGAAUACUGACGGGAACCUAGAAGCAAUUAGCCAGGAGCCACACACACACACGUACACACGAGCACACACCCACAAGCGGAGAGAAAAUGACUGGGUUUUCACACGAGAGCCGAGCUGCUGCUGCUGCCCGUGGCAACACCGCCAAACAGCAACAGUACUCCCACUCUCCACCCACUUUUCCUUCUCCUCUCUUUCACUUCGCAAACCUCGUGCUCCAUCGGCUAAUGAUCACCCUGAGUAA